AUGUCCAUCGUAUCCCUACUUGGAGUAGAAGUGUUGAAUAACCCGGCCAAGUUUUCUGAUCCAUAUGAGUUUGAGAUAACGUUUGAGUGCUUGGAACCUUUGAAGGAGGAUUUGGAAUGGAAACUCACGUACGUGGGGUCGUCGCGUUCUUUGGAUCACGACCAGGAAUUGGACCUGAUUCUUGUUGGACCAGUGCCAGUUGGUGUGAACAAGUUUUUGUUCCAAGCAGAUCCACCAUCGCCAGAUCUUAUUCCAGCAAGUGAAUUGGUGAGUGUCACUGUGAUUCUUUUGAGUUGUUCAUACGCAGACCGUGAAUUUGUACGAGUGGGAUACUAUGUAAACAACGAAUAUGACCUGGAGGAAUUGCGAGAGAACCCACCAGCCAAGGUCCAGGUGGAGCACGUUGUGCGUAAUAUUUUAGCGGAAAAACCAAGAGUCACCAGAUUUAAUAUAGUGUGGGAUAAUGAGGGUGGUGAAGAGUAUCCGCCAGAACAGCCUGAGGUUGAGGAAGAGGAGGAGGAAGAUGAAGACGAAGAGGAAGAUGUGGAAGAUGGCGAACAGGAAAAUGAAGUAGAAGAAGAAGAGGCUGAAGAAGCAGAAGAGGACAUAGAAGAAGAGGAGGGUGAUGAAGACGAUGCCAAUGGGGCAGAGACUCCCAAGGACACGGUACAGAGUUGA